CGCCAUGUUUCAGUUAAAGCAUGUUUCCAAAUCAUCAGUGCUGUCAUCGCACAUGAGCUGACAUUUACCGAAAGGCAGUCAUGAGCUCAAGUCCCGGUCCGGGCUCCCCUGCACCCUUCACAGUCACCGGCAGCCUGCAGAGACUCUUAAGCCAUGUAAGGAUUGAGAAUUUAGUGGCUGGACUCAGUGGAGGGGUGGUGUCCACACUUGUGCUGCAUCCACUGGAUCUGGUCAAAAUCAGGUUUGCAGUGAGUGAUGGACUUGAAGUGAGACCGAAAUACAGUGGAAUCCUGCAGUGCAUGAGAAGCGUCUGGCACCAGGAGGGUCUCCGGGGGCUUUACCAAGGCGUCACCCCGAAUAUCUGGGGUGCUGGAGCCUCGUGGGGACUUUAUUUCUUCUUCUACAAUGCAAUCAAAGCGCACAGGAAAGAAGGGAGACUGACAGAGCUGAGCUCCACUGAGCACUUACUGUCAGCCGCUUCAGCAGGUGCCAUAACGCUUUGCCUUACCAACCCAAUCUGGGUGACCAAAACUCGCCUUGUUCUGCAGUACAGCACGGACCCAACUAAGAAACAGUACAAGGGAAUGAUGGAUGCUCUCGUGAAAAUCUACCGCUAUGAAGGGAUCGCAGGACUCUAUCGUGGGUUUGUCCCGGGUUUGUUUGGAACCUCCCAUGGUGCACUGCAGUUCAUGGCAUAUGAAAAGCUGAAAAGAGAUUAUAACAAAUACAGAAAGAUGCAAUCAGAAGCUAAACUGAACCCAUUGGAAUAUAUUACCAUGGCAGCUUUGUCCAAAAUAUUUGCAGUGGCUACAACAUACCCAUAUCAGGUGAUCCGAGCCCGCCUGCAAGAUCAGCACAAUAAGUAUGAUGGAGUUGUGGAUGUCAUCCGGAGAACGUGGAGAAAUGAGGGUCUGUCUGGGUUCUAUAAAGGCAUGGUGCCCAAUCUGAUCCGAGUCACUCCGGCUUGCUGCAUCACCUUUGUGGUCUAUGAGAAUGUUUCCCGUUUCCUCUUAGAACAGUGAACUCUGAAAACAGACGU